AUUAUUGUAUACGCCUGCAAAAAGUUUUCAUCUAUUAUCGUCCUCAAAAUAAUGUUCAAACUUGAAUCAUACAUUACACCUUUACUGUUUAGUUAUGUGGAUAAAUACGUUAAACUAAAGCAGGAGGACUUUAAAUUAUCAUUAUGGGGAGGCGAUGUUACCUUGCACAAACUCGAUUUGAGGUUAGAUGCUGUAGAAAGAGCUAUUCAAUUGCCAAUCACAGUAAAAAGUGGCCACGUUCAUGAAUUAAGGAUACAUGUACCAUGGACAAAGUUAACUUCAGAACCAGUAGUAAUUACUAUAAACACAAUGGAAUGUGUUCUCAAAAAAAGCGUAGAAGAACUACCUCCUGGAUAUUUGGAAAGUAUAGUUAGAAAAGUAAUAUAUAAUGCAACUGUUGUUAUAAAUAACUUGAUAUUGAAAUUCGUUGAAGAUGACAUUAUCCUCAGUAUUAAUGUAAAAAAUGUUGAAUGCUAUAGUGUUAACAAUAACUGGGAGUCGGAUAUAGUUGAUUUAGCUUUGAAUAAUCUUGUUCUUAAAAGAAUAUUAAAUGUUCAAGAUUUGACUUUAUGUUUAGAUAAAUGUUCUGCUAGUGGUAAAAUAGAAGUAUACGAAGAUCCUUUAUUUUAUCGAUGCUCUUUAUGCGUCCGUAUUCAUAUGGUUUAUGAAUCUUCUAGCGCGCGAGUGCCUUACAUUACGAAAGCCAAUUUAAAUUGUGAUAAAUUAAAUUUUUCUAUUUCGAAUAUUCAGGUGCCAAUGCUACAUAGGUUAAUUGAAUUAAGUAUUGCCAUAUAUUACGGAAAUCUUAAAAGGCCAUCAUCAACAGAACCAACAGAAAAUAAAAUGGAAAGGAUAUCAUUUAAUGAUGAAACUUACAAGAUUGAUCCAGGAGGGCAAGGUGGCCAAGGCUGGGCAUCUUGGGCUUGGUCUUACGUACCUCAAAUAUUACCAGUCGACGAGGAAGAAAGUAGCAUGAGAAAAGGACCAGGAAUUUUUGAAUUUGCAAUGUUUUGUCGUGAAAUUUGCGUAUCUUUUAAAAUAAGAGAGAAAGUUCAAAGAAAAAAAUCUCCCACUCCAAAAUUAAUAAGCAAAGGAAGUAUGGAUGUUAUUUGGCAAUGCAUCAGCGCGCAUUCUGUCUUACAAGGAUUCGAAUGGAUUAAUUUCACUUUUGGAAUAUCGAAUACGUUAAUUUAUUUAGCGAAAGAAAAGGAAAAUGAUAAGACAAGCGAAACUGAGAGAUUACUCUUAAAAAGUGGAUUAGAGAUUACUGAUGAAAGUCACCAUCUUCAAAAUUCUUUAUUCGAUAGUCAAGCUCCCGAAAAUAAUAAAGAAUUACCGUAUUUUGUUACUGGUCGAACAGUAUAUUUUGAAAAAUAUACGGAAGGUUAUAUCCUUGAAAAAUUCUCUAGUCUUUGGUUCGAUUACGUUUAUUAUAAUGAAAAAUUGGUUGAAAACGAAGAAGGUAGUUCCGUUGAUAAACCGGAAACGGAUUUAAAUAAAGAAAAUUCCAAUCUUCGAUUCCUCACUGGUCCUUUUAAUUUAUAUGUUUCAUCGAAAACCGUUCAAGCCAUGAAAACUUUCUUUGAUUGUUUAACCGAUCCCUCUUAUGAACCGUACUCAAAAGUAUUUACCGAUACGAUAAAUAGCAACCCAACUUCAACUCCAACUCAACAAGAUAUCCAUUAUCUACAAUCAUACAUUCCAGUUAGAACUUAUGAUUUUAUCUUUUAUCAACCGUCCGUUAUAAUAUAUCCGAAUGACCGACCGAAAAAGGUGCAAAUUAGAUCAAGAGAUCAAUCAACAAAGAUUUCUUGGCUAAUGAGCUGCGAAAAACUGCAAAUAACUACUGUAAUAGCAAUGUACGCUAAAGACGUUGUCAAUAUUGCUUAUCGUUUACCAGCAAUUUCGGAAGAACUGUAUUCUGCCAUUUUAAAUUUGGAGGAUGAAUGUUCAAAAUGUUCAAUUAUCCAUCCAGUUAGUGUGGUUUUAUAUAAAAGAAAUUUAUUAUAUCCCGAAGCAUGGAAAAAUCCUGUACAAGCUCAAAAGGAGAUAGUGUUUGAAAUGAGUCAAUUCCAAGCUCAUAUAAGUAAAGCUCAAUUAUAUUUGGCAUAUUUUACAUUUAUUACAUGGUGGAAUCGUAUUUUACCUGAAAAUGAUUUAAUACCUUUAUCAACUUUACGUUUGGAUUGUAUUAAAAACGAUCAUCUUCAAACGAAAUUAGAAAUUACUCUCGCUGGCCUAGAAUUUAGGGAUUGCUGUUGCAUAAAUUCCAGAUCAUUUAAUGGCAGUUUAGAAUCUAUUUUAUUAAGAAUUAAAUGCAAAAAAUUUCAAGACUUUACAGAAAUUUUUAGAGCUCCUUUAAAAACUGAUAAUUUAAUAUCAGAAAAAGGAUUACUUGAAUCUCAAACUUUUACCAAUAGAAAUUGUACUGAUUUCUUAAAAUUUACAGCUCAAUUUCCAGAUUUAACUAAUGAUACAAUAGUUCCAAGUGUAAUGUUCGUGAAUAUUGAGGGAACCGUUGUUUGUCUAGAUUCGUUAUUAAAUGAAUGGCUAGCUUACAGUCCAACCUAUGAGGUGGUUGAGACUAUUCCAGUUAUUGAAAAGAAAGAUGAAAAUUUAUCACAAGUUUCAGCUUCAUCAACUCGAGAAAGUCAAACUUAUUCUCGAUCCGUUUCGAUUAAACGUCCAGAUUCACCAGAGAAAGAGGAAUAUAUCAGUGAUUGGAAUUUUCAUCAUUUGGUUUUACGCUAUUUCAAUAUAAUAAAAAGGAUACACUUACAAGUCAAUAUAAAAAAUUGGCUUAUUGUAAUUACUGAAAAGUCUAUAAUGUCGGAUAUAGAUCGUUUAAAAAAUACAACCGAUGCUCUUGUUGUAGCUACUCCUUCUAUAGAAAUUUAUAGUCAAGAUCAUAAAGAAUGUGACGCUAUUCAAGACUUACCAAUAAAAGGUGCUCAAUAUUCAUUGACAUCGGAGAAACUACCCUGGAAAGUGAAAGUUUCGAAUGCCAGUGCAUAUUCAAUUCACAAAGGAAAAGGAUCGACAAUGGUCGAACCAACUUGCCUGACUGGUUCAGUUGCUGUAUCUGCUCGGUAUAAAACUGCUUUAUCUGAUGAUGUAAGUUCAUUGGGUUUUUGCCUUCAUAUUGAUGCAACACCAGUUAUUUUACGUUUGGAACACGAUCAAAUUCAAAUGUUUUACGAUUCAUUCGUAAGAAUUUUGUCUGGCUUAUUGAACGGUUGGAAAACGACAAAAAUAUUCAUACAAAAAUGUCUGAAAAAAGAGAGAGAGGAGUCUUUCACCGAAACAACUAUCAAUCCUAAAAUUCAAACAGAUAUUAAAAAAGAAAGUAGUAUCAAUUACGAAAGUACUUUUGUUAGUUUUACCGAAACUUCCGAAGCUAGUAGCAUUCAACAUUUAGAUUCGUCGAAUUCAAAAAGAGAUGACGAUGCAAAAAUUUCAUUAUGGUUACAAGCAACAGCACCCAAGUUUAUUGUCAAAUUAUUAUCGAAAGAUGGUUGUAUUGUUACGGAACUGGAAGAUUUAACUUCUUCAUUCGAUUUGCAAAAAGUCUUUUCAAAGAUAAAUAUUAAAUUAGGAAAAGCGUCAAUAAGACAUUUUUAUAAGGAUGGUAAUAAAUGGUUGUUACAUAAACGAGGUGGAAUGAUUCUAAUGAGUUAUGAUGGAUUAAAAGUAAAAAAGUGCGCUCAGAGCGGAUUUCUUGUUGUUACAAUUACUAGAGCUUUAAAAAGGGACUUGAAGAAGAAGCUGAAACAGAAUUCCGAUUGUAAGGAUGAUAGUCGAAGAAUUUAUAUCACUGAAAUAUGUGUCACUUUACAACCAUGCGAUUUGGUUCUGGCAACACGUCUUCUUCAUACUCUUGUUCAUACAUUUAAUGUUGAUACAUCAACGUAUUCACUUUUAAGUUUAGGAGAAUAUUUUAAAGGAACUGCUGAUAAAACCGAGCCAGAAACUUUAAUACCUAUGAUCAACUCAUCUAAUCUUCCCCUAGUUUAUAUUGAAACAUCAAAUACUAGAAUUUUCUUAUUACCUAGCGAUAAAUCUAUAAGAGAUGAUAAAUCAGAUUCUGGAUUUUGUGAGUCAUCUACACCUAUAGAAUUAGAUGCCUCUGUCAUUGAAAUAAGUAGUAUUAAAGUUACCCCAAGAGCAACAAAUCCCCUAUCAAGAAUAGUCGUAAACGAAGAACUCUAUAAGAGAGCUGUUAGAGCUUCAAUAACUUUAUAUCCUGGAAGUGAUAUUGAGGAUAGACAAUAUCAAUUGGACUUUUCCGGCGUUUCAUUAAUGUGCGGCCGUUGGGAAGAAUUAAUGAAAUCGGAAAAGAUUGAUGAUGAUUCAACUAUACAAAAUCCAGCUUUUGAAUGGAAUAAUUUAUUUUCAUAUAAUAGUUCAGACAAUCCUAACUCCCUUCAAUCGAUUGUCAAUCAGAUGGAUAUUAGACUUGUACUUGCUCCGUCAAUUGUUUAUUAUCCUCCUGAAGGAGCUGCUCAACUGGUAUGUGGUCAUUCAAUGGAAGGCUGCGCUCUUUCGGAUGUUAACGUUAAUUUGAAUAUUACUGAAAUUAAACUGCUUUAUUAUAUAGUAUUUUCUAAUUUACAUUUUGUAAGUCUACUACCAUUUUUCUCCGAUUUUUUUACGGAGAAACUUAAAGAAGAAAAAUCUGUAGAGAAGAUAGCUAUUGCCAAAGAAGCGAAUAAUUAUUCUAUACCAAUUGGAGCGUUAAUUACUGCUAAUAGGAUCAAUUUGACAAUAUCUGAUACACAUUCUAAAAUACUAACAAGUUUUAUUCAACCUCACACACUUUUACUUAGCGGAAAUGGCGAAGAAAAAGUUGAAAUAAGUUGCUUUGACGCGUCACUUAUAGUUCAACAUUUUGACAAUGAAAAAACAGUUGAUUAUGCACUGUUGGAGACGAAAACGGGCCGGCUAAAUCCAAAAACUGGUAUACCUCCAGCCUUAUGUACAUUGGUCUUUUUUAACUUUCUCUCUCCAACGGAUUCCCGAUUUGAAUUAAGAAUAGAAAGACCAGUAAGAUUUUCUCUAUGCGAUAAGAGAUUAACCUGUCUAUUAGAAACAAUUGAAAAACUAAGACCAGUUUUUGAAGUAAACUUUAAACCAACAAAAGCGGAGAAAACGUCAAAAACUGUUAAAACUAAAGAUUCUAGCUUAAAGAUAUUAGCUAAAGAAUUUGAAUUGAAAGCUACUGAAUUAAAUAUAGCACUUUACGGAAGUGACUCAAAUGAUAAUAAGAUUGUUUUGACGAUAUUUGAACAUUUUGGUCAUUUUCAUUUCGAUAUUAAAAGUCGAAAGAGUAAUAUUCAAUACGAUAUUCUGGAUAUGAAUAUUAAAUGUUUUAAGAAUAGGAAAGAACAGCUCCUAUUACUUCCCACAUCAAUUAGGAUGGAAUGUUCCAUGUUUGAAACGGAUAUAGAUAUUGGUUUUCAUAUAGAUGAUAUACUUAUCAAGAUGAGUGAAAAUCAAUAUGAAUGUUUAUUAAAUGUCUAUACUCAUUGGACAAUGCAAAUAAAUGAAUUUUUGAGUAAAUUGUCCAACAAUCCAACUGAAGAUUUAGAAAAUAAGGCAAAUGUUAAGUACGAUAGGUGCAUAUUCGCUUUUCAAACAUCUUACGACGAUCUGAGAAAUGGUGAAAUGGAAUAUUCGAAAGAGGAGAUAGAAGAUUUAAAUUGCAUACCUUUACCUAAUAAAAUUGUGUUUGCCAAACAACGUAACGAAGCGGCUCUUCUAUGGUCAUACGACGAACCGAGAACAAUUUGCCAACUAACAAUAAAACCUAUACCUUUGUUAGUUGAUGAAUUAGAAGAAAUGUAUCGGGAUGAUAUUUCAGUUUCUCUAAUAUUACAAUAUUAUAAUGAGGCGAAAAGGGAAUUUGAAGAUUAUUCAAAAUUCGAUGUUGGUGAGAAUUUUACAUGUCAUGCAAGACUUUGGGCAGUUGAAGAGAGGAACCUAUCAAAAUUACAAUCAGCUAGGACGUGGAGAAUUUAUAUUCCUCCUAGAUACGAACACUACUCUAUUAGUCAAAGGACGGUAAGAGAUUCUCUUGUCGACGAGUGUCAAAAUCCAGUUGUUGAUCCAAUGACCCUUGUAGCAGCUGCAAAAUUAAAUUCCUCUAUUUUACAAAGUAACCAAAUAUUUCAUAUGGCGAAAUUAUGCAACAUCUAUCCAAGAACGUUAAUGGUAUUGAAUAUUAAUGAUUUCAAAUCAACUUUUUCAUCAAUGAAUGGAAAUUUUAAUAAAUUAUCGGCUAACUUAAUGAAAAUUGAUUUAGAAGUUGUUGAAUAUAGAAGAUUAAGAAAGAAUAAAAUUGCUACUUUCGAAGGAAAUUGGGAUUUUAAUGUUGUAUUUAAAAAAGCCGAAAAAAUAGAUAUGACCGCUCAAAUGAAGGGAAAGCACGAAAUAAUAUUUAACGAUAGUAUUUUGCAUACUAUCUACGCAACUGCAAAUCUAUGGAAAGAGUCUACCGUUAAUCUAACAGCUCAAACUCUACCCGUUUUAGAAUGUCAUUUAAUAUGUAAUAACACUAUUCACGAUAUAUAUUGUAAACAAGAAAAUACCAAUGAAACAAUUCACAUUGAAAGUCAUCAAGCUUUCCCGUUCUCUUGGACAAAUGAUUGUAACGGAUAUCCUCUUAUAAAACUCUCGUUGGAUCGUCUCUAUUGGAGUGAAGCUUUCUCCCUUGAUUUUAUUGAUAUAAACGACAAAUCUAGAAGAUACAUGUCGAAAUGUAUAAAAAUUGAGAAAGAUUGCGUAAUUGUCCGUAUAAUCAGAUUAAGCUCUUAUCAAUCAAAAAUUAUCAUCGAUGGAAAUGUUAUAUUUGCUAGUCGACUGGAUAUUCCAAUAUCAAUUCGUUCCGAUGUACAAGAUGUUGAAAGAACAAUGAAAAUUGAUUCAUUUUCAUCUGGAUUUUCAACGAUAAAUGAUUCGGAAACGAAAUAUUUUAAAAUCAGAUUUCUAAGUCCAAAUACACUGUGGUCUGAAAAUUUUAAAAUUCAAAGGGGAAGUAGCUGUCUACUUAAAGUUCCUUUGCAAGAUCGAAUUAAUUUUAUAACUGUUUGCUGCCACUUUAUUGCUGAGAAAGUUUGCCAAAAUGAAACUAUUGACUUUGUUCUCUUUACACCUUUAUUCGUGAUAAGGAAUCAUCUUGCAACUCCUUUAUUGACAAACGUUUGUACGAAGAAAUCGAAGGAUCAUCAAGAAAUAACGUUAUCAGGAAAGGGUCAAGAUUAUCAAUUGCAUUUAAUGGCUGUUGAUCAAGCAAAUUUGCUUACGUUUAAAGCUGGGCCAUCUUUAACAUCAUCUUCGCCUGCUGUCAGUCUAUCUUCCGAUCUCUUGCCGACUUGUGACAGCUUAGCUAGUACUAAUACAAUGGAACUAAUUGACAACUGGUAUAAAAAUAUGGCAAAGAUAUGGCCUUAUAAUGGGAACAAAAGUGAGGAGGAUUUAGACAAAUUAUCAUUUUCCGAUCCUCCUACGAAUAAUGAUCCUAAAUUUAAUUUUGGAAUAAAAUCAACGUUUACUAUCCAACCUCCGUCACCGUGUCAAUCUGAUAAAACUGCAAUGCUAAAUCAGCCUGCAGUGAAACUUCAAGUAAGAUUAUCGUCCAUGUAUCCAGGACUGAAAACUCUUCUGAUUGAUGUUAGUCCCGAGUAUCUUUUGGUUAAUGAAUCAUCAUUUAAUUUGGUGCUUUCGACGAACGAUGAAGUUAUGGAGAUCUUAAGAGAUAGUACCGUUGCACCUCCUAUAGGGAAUAGUUUCAAAAUUGGUCUUCAACUUGAAAAGGAUAUUGCAUGGAGUCAAGAUAUAAACAUGUCCGAUUACGAUAUUAGCUCAAGAUUUCUACACAAAGUCGAUAAUACAUUAUACUUGAGCGAUCAAAUGAGAAUCAUUAUCAAAUCGGAUGAAGGGUUGUCUAUAUUAGUUUUAAGAGCUGUUGAAAGGAAUGGAAUAAGAGUUAUUGAUGUUAGAGAUGCCUACGUACUUGAAUCUGGUCUUGAAGAUGCAGUUAAUGUUCAAUGUUUAGCUGUUGAACUAAAGGAGGAAAGGGGGCGUUCAAUAGACAUUCAAAAUUUUAUGUAUACACUUAAGAAGGGUAAAAAAUUCUCCAUACCAUUCUGGAAAGUUUUAGAAAAAGACACCAUCAACGUUCCCGUUCUCUAUUUGCGUUUCGCCACCGAGUCUAACGAUUGGUCUUUACCUUUACGCGUUCGAAAUCCAGAUACCGAAAGGAUAAUUAGCUUUGAAUUGGUUAAUAGUACUCCAUCAAUAAUUCAUAUGCAACAAAGAUACGGAGUAACGUAUUUGAACGUUGUUGAAAACAAAUGCCCAAUGAUAGUUUUUCAUAACUAUUGUACUGUAAACAUUUUAGUUGGAGAACAUGUUGAAAAGGAUGGUACAAUUGACGAAGAACAAGAACUCUUGUACAGUAUCCCGUGUAUUCUCAGACAAAGCUCAUUAAAUUAUACACCAUCAUCAAUUGAUAGAAGUUAUCCGUCCCUUACUUCGGCAACAUUUAAAAUUGUAUUCGCCUUGUCAGCAGGUCAAGAUCGUUCAUGGAGUUCACCAAUCUUAUUAAUAGGCGACAAUGAACUCUCCAUAAAGUUUAUUCAUAUACCUCAUUACGGUGAUGUAAAAUUGCAUAUUGAAAAGCACGGAUCAACGUCUUUCGUUUAUUUAACUCAAGUAACAAGAUUUGACAUAAGAGCUGGUAGAGUAAGAGAACGUUGCGGUAGUAUUAAAAAUGAUGAAGAUGAAGCUCUUACAAAGGAUGAAUCAGCAAAGCACAUAACUAUAAAAAAAGACGAGGCAAAGAGAAUUUUAGAAUGCAAUUUUGAAUUUCUCCUAUCCGAUUUUCAAUUAAGAUUAACGGAAUAUACUACGAGCGGAAAUAGAGAUGAUCUUAUCUGUUUGACGAGUCAAGCUAUUAAUAUGAACUUUAGGAGAUUUCAAGAGAAGUCUAACGAUGCCUAUAAAUGGCAAAUUCGUAAUUCGAUUAUGUUGGAUAUUGAAGGAAUUCAAAUCGAAAAUGAUAGAUUUGGUAUUGAACCUUUCGAUUUUGAUAUCGUUUUUAAAAGAAUCAACGAGAGCGAACGAUUGGCAACUAUUAAAUUAGAUCUGAUUGAAUGCGAGCGGGCUAUCUGCAUUGAGAAUGCUUCAAUUGUCUGUCGGCCAAUAAUCGUUCAGUGUGAAGAUACCCUUAUAUACAGACUAUUAAAAUAUUUGAAAGACUCAUUACCGGUUCAAAAAUUCCGGAAACAGAAGGAAGAAGACGGAGGAACUAAAUUCUCUUUUAGGCCUAUUAUUGUUAAUUCUGUCAAUAUAGCUGAAAUUGAAGUUCUUCUUAGUGUUCAUGCACAAAUUAAAGUUUUUGUUGCAGCUGAUCAAUCGGCAUUGAAGUUAUCACCUUAUACUAAGCUGAAUGUAAGGUCAACGGCAAAUCAUUUUAUUCAAGAUAUUGGAGUUCAUUACGCCUCGAGUGCUCUAUUUAGGGCAGGACACGUAAUAGCAUCGCUAGAACUUCUUGGUUCACCUUCAACUCUAUUGAGGGGUAUUGGUACUGGCGUAUCAGAUUUCAUAAGAUUGCCUGUAGAAGGCAUUGCAAAGUCAGGAGCCAAAGGUCUUAUUUCAGGAGUCUCCCAUGGAGUUGCCUCCUUAGCUUCUAACAUCAGUUUCGCAACUUUAACCUCAAUUACAAAUUUUGCAUCGAGUGUAUCAAAGAAUAUGGAUAGAUUGGCUAUGGACGAGGAGCACGAAAGACGCCAGGCCAGCGAUCGAACUGCAUUACCAGAUGGGGUAACUAGUGCACUUGUUAGUGGACUGAGUAAUUUGGGACUUAGUCUUUUAAGCGCCGUCGCUGGACUUGCCGAUCAACCUUUAAGACCAAUACAAGACGGAUCAAACUCUCCUGGUCGGGUUAUAAGUGGAAUUGGAAAAGGUUUAGUUGGUGUAAUAGCGAAGCCAUUAGGCGGAGCCGCCGAACUAGUUUCAAGAUCGGGAAAGGGUCUUUUAAGAACAGCCGGUUUAUCAAGAACUCGCGGAAGAAUAUUAGGAGAAUUUAACAAAAUUCAUAACUACACAGAAUAUAGAUUUUGUAGAAUUCUAUUAGAGGAAGUUUUAUUUCAAACUAUAGCAAGAAUAGAGAAUUUUAACGAUAUCAUUAAUGUUAUUUUAACGAGAAAUAAGAUAAUAAUACUAUCUGACGAAUCUUUUCAAAUUUUAACAGAAUUUGGAAGAAAACAAGUGGAUAUUUCAUUAAGCGAUAAAGGUAUCGUACUAGAAAGUAAGAGGAAAGCUGAAGUAGAAGAUCGUCUAGCAAGAUUUAUUGGUGCUAAAAACGAUCAAGAAGAGGAUAAUUCAAGGAAUAAACUGUUAAUUAGUAUAGAACAUCCAAAAAGAUUGUAUACUCUAUUAAGAUCUUCUCAAUCUGCUUUUUAA